GUCCCGCGCUGCGGCCCUGCGGCACACCUUGGCAUCACCUGCCCAAAGAAGACACGUGGUCAUCAGCCCCUCCCCAGCACCAACCUGAAGAAGCACCGUCGCCAGCACUUCUACCACCUCCCUCCACCCAUUCUUUGUUGGUAAUUCAGUAGUUCUCCGCAAGGCGGCUUUAGUAUCGCUUUAUUAGCAAACCUAAACAUGGCGACGAGGCAGAGCUGCGGGAUGCUCGUGCUCGCGACGACCCUGCUGUUUCACCUGUUUCCCUUCUCAUUCUCUGCGACCCUGUACGUCAACCGAGAACCACGAUGGACCCGGCCGCAGGAGCAGGGCUUUGCUUGGGUAAAUGUGGCGGAGGAUCCCACGACAGGUGAAAGAGGCUCUUGGAGGCGAGCGCUAUGGGAAAUCGGGCAACGUAACGCGGCGUCCCGGGAGCUGCCCCUGCGGAGCAAACGGAACGCAGCCGAACCGCCGCCACUCAAGGCGUACGGCAAGGUUAGUCUGAACGAUUCCCACAACCAAAUGGUUGUGCACUGGGCUGGAGAGAAGAGUAAUGUGAUAGUGGCUCUAGCCAGAGACAGCACAGAUACCCAAGGAACUGAAGCAAGUGAGGUUUACAUAUCGUAUGACUAUGGAGCAACUUUUGAAAAAAUAACACACAAGUUUACUCAGAAUAUUACUGCCAAGGCACAGAUGAUAGCCCAGGUCUACCACACACCUGCUGACAACAAACGAUAUAUCUUUACUGAUACCAUCAACUCGUUGCUGUGGGUGUCCGUUGACUUUUGUAAGACAGUCAUUUGCUUUGCUGCUCCAUUUAAACCUACUGAUCUACUUCUGCACAGCCAUGAUCCCAAUUUGAUUCUUGGUUAUGAUGGAUCCCACGUUAACAAGCAGCUGUGGAAGUCUGAUGAUUUUGGUAGAACCUGGGUGAUGAUUCAUGAGCAUGUUAAAUCUUAUUUUUGGGGAGUAGAACCAUAUGAUAAGCCAACCACAGUGUUUGUAGAGAGACAUGAACCCACUGGCUCAUCAAUUGUUUUAAGCAGCACAGAUUUCUUUCAAACAGAGGAAAAUCGACAUCUAAUUAUUGAGAAGGCAAAUGACUUCCAGCUACGUGGCAAGUAUAUGUUUGCAACCAAAACUGUGCAGCUGAUUGGAGGUCAGCAUCCAUCAACUAUACAACUCUGGGUUUCCUACAACCGUAAGGCAAUGAAAACAGCUCAGUUUAUGACAAAGCAUCCUAUUUCAGAAUAUUAUGUAGCAGAUGCCUCUGAAGACCAAGUUUUUGUGUGUGUCAAUCAUAACAAUAAUGUGACAAAUCUCUACAUCUCGGAUAUAGAAGGUUUAAGCUUCUCUUUGUCAUUGGAGAAUGUGUUGUACUAUAGCCCAAAAGGGACUGGCAGUGAAACUCUGGUCAGGUAUUUUGCUAAUGAGCCCUUUGCUGACAUUCACCGUGUUGAUGGGCUUAGGGGUGUGUUCAUUGCAACACUCGUCAAUGGCUCUUUUACAGAGGAGAACAUGCGUUCAGUAGUCACUUUUGACAAGGGAGGCACCUGGGAGCUCCUUCAGCCACCAGCCUAUGACAGUCUUGGAGGAACUAUUAGCUGUGAGCUCUCGAAAGGAUGCUCACUGCACUUGGCCCAGCACUGGAGUCAGCUGCUGAACAUCCAACUUAGAAGGGUACCUAUACUAUCAAAGGAAUCUGCACCUGGUCUCAUCCUAGCUACAGGCUCUGUUGGAAGAAAUCUGGGAAGCAAGCCAAAUGUGUACAUUUCAAGCAAUGGUGGUGCUCGCUGGAGAGAGGCACUGGCUGGACCACACUACUAUAGUUGGGCAGACCAUGGUGGCAUUCUAAUGGCCAUUGCCCAAGGAGGUCCCACAAACCAACUCAAAUAUAGUACAAAUGAAGGUGAAGUGUGGAAGACAUUUCAGUUCAUCGAUUCAGAAGUUUAUGUCUAUGGCUUACUGACGGAACCAGGAGAGAAGAGUACCGUGUUCACCAUUUUUGGCUCCUACGCUAACAGCAGCCAUAGUUGGCUUAUUUUACAAGUCAAUACUUCUGAAGUUCUUGGUGUUCCAUGUUCUGAGAAUGAUUAUAAGUUAUGGUCUCCCUCUGAUGAAAGAGGAAAUGAGUGCUUGCUGGGACGCAAGGAAACUUUCAAGCGAAGGAUAUCACAUGCCACCUGUUUUAAUGGAGAAGAUUUUGAUCGACCUGUCAGCAUUAGCAACUGCUCCUGCACUCGUGAGGACUACGAAUGUGAUUAUGGUUUCAAACUGAGUGACAAUUUAUCGCUGGAAGUAUGCAUACCAGAUCCAGAGUUUAGUGGAAAGAUUGAUUCUCCACCUUUGACCUGUCCUGCUGGCACCACAUACCGUAGAACUAGAGGCUACCGACGUAUACCAGGUGACACCUGUAGUGGUGGAGAUGUGGAGGCACGUCUUGAUGGAGAGGUGAUGCCUUGUCCUGUUGGAGAAGCCAAUGAGUUUAUCCUGUAUGCAUUGCGGAGUACAAUCCAUCGCUAUGACCUUUCAUCUGGUACUGACGAAAAAUUGCCUUUGUCUGGCCUCCGAAGCACAGUUGCAUUAGAUUUUGAUGUAGAGCGUAACUGUUUAUAUUGGGCGGAUAUUGCACUGGACGUCAUACAGCGCUUGUGCUUCAAUGGAAGCUUAGGACAAGAGAUCAUCAUAAAGACUAACCUUCAGAAUGUUGAGGCUCUAGCUUUUGACCCCAUCAGCCAUCUCUUGUAUUGGGUUGAUGCUGGAGCUCAGAAGAUAGAGGUGUCUACGCCUGAUGGUGACUUUCGCCACACAGUGGUAAAUUCUUCAGUACUGGACCACCCCAGGGCUCUUGUUCUAAUGCCUAUCGAAAGCAUGAUGUUUUGGACAGACUGGGGUGAUCGAGCUGCAGGAAUUUACCGCAGCACAAUGGACGGAUCAAAUAUUUCCUGCAUUGUGUGUGAAGGAGUGAGGUGGCCAAAUGGUAUUGCAGUUGAUGAAAGCUGGAUUUAUUGGACUGAGGCUUUUGGUGACCGGAUUGAGCGUGCUGACUUUAACGGCCAUCAAAGGAUAGUGCUGUUAGAGGGCCUUCCCCAUCCAUAUGCUAUUGCAGUAUUCAAGAAUGAUAUCUAUUGGGAUGAUUGGUCAAGGAUGGGAAUUUUCAAGGCACCCAAGACUGGUUCUGUGGAAACUGAACUACUUGUUGGAAGAUUAACGGGGGUUAUGGACCUAAAAGUAUUUUAUAAAGGAAAAAUUUCAGGCAAUAAUGGGUGCACAGGCAAACCCUGUCGACUCCUUUGUCUGCCCAAACCUGAUAAUGGUCACAGCUGUGUCUGUCCUACGGAUGAUCAUACUUCUGUCCUGCCUUCAGGAGAGCUGCAGUGUGACUGUCCCCAGGGAUAUCAGCUCAUAAACAGCACCUGUAUAAGAGAAGCUACCACUUGUCAGCCAAACCAGUACCGUUGUUCUAAUGGGAACUGCAUUAGUGCAAUCUGGAAGUGUGACAGUGAUGAUGACUGUGGAGACAGGAGCGAUGAGCAAGAAUGUCCCACUACGAGUUGUGAUACUGUGCAGUUUCGCUGUAUGGCUUCUGGAUCUUGCAUUCCCCUAUCUUUUAAGUGUGACCAUGAAGAUGAUUGUGGUGACAACAGUGAUGAAGAACACUGUGCAAGCCACACGUGUGCUGCAGAUGAAUUCAUGUGUGACAGUGGAAUCUGCAUUCGUAAAACCUGGCGCUGUGAUGGAGACAAUGACUGCAGGGACUGGUCAGAUGAAGCCAACUGCACAGUGAGCAAUCACACUUGUCUUUCAAGAAGCUUUCAGUGCCAAACAGGCCACUGCAUCCCCAGUCGCUGGGUGUGUGACGGAGAUGAUGACUGUCAAGAUGGAUCGGAUGAAGAUGCCAAGCAGUGUGAUAGUAAGCAAUGCAAUGGUUUCUGGUGUAACAGUGGGGCAUGCAUUCCAGCCAACAAACACUGUAAUGGCAUUGAAGACUGUCAUGGGGGUGAAGAUGAGCUUAAUUGUGAUCCCUUAUGCACCAGGUAUAUGGACUUUGUGUGUAAAAAUCGACGACGGUGUUUGUUCCAGUCAAUGGUAUGCGAUGGGGUUAAACAUUGUGAGGAUGGCUCAGAUGAGGAUCCAAACUUUGCAGGCUGUCCCACAACCCCCGAGUUUAGGACAUGCGAUUCUCAGAGUUUUCAGUGCUUAAGUGGGUUGUGCAUCAGCAUGGAAUGGAAAUGUGAUGGCAUGGAUGACUGUGGAGAUUACUCAGAUGAAGCAAAUUGCGAGUCACCAACAGAGGCACCAACAUGCUCAUUGUACUUUCAGUUUGAAUGCCAAAACAAGCGUUGCAUCCCAGCCUGGUGGAAGUGUGAUGGGGAGAAUGAUUGUGGAGACUUGUCUGAUGAAGUCAGUUGUGGAGAUUCAAAAGAAGUCCCUCAAACCACAGCCACCACCGCAACUUGCCCUCCAAACCACUUUAAGUGUAAUUCAGGCACUUGCAUUAUCAACUCUUGGGUAUGUGACCGUUAUAAUGACUGUGCUGAUGGAUCUGAUGAAGAAGGCUGUCCUACAGGUGUGAAUACUACUGUAAACCCUCUGUUUAGCACUACCAAACCUGCUGGGAGUUGUGGAAAAUCACAAUUUCAGUGUGAACGUGACCAUAAAUGCAUUUCCUAUUGGAAACACUGUGAUGGGCAUGCUGAUUGCCAGGACAAAUCUGAUGAAACUCACUGCCCAACACACAAUACACUAGUUUGUGCUAAUGAAACUAUGUGUGCUGAUGGAGAAAUGUGCAUAUUACCUGAUGAGCAGUGUGAUGGUUUUCUUGACUGCUCAGAUGGAAGUGAUGAGAAGAACUGCACAAGUAACUCUAUAGUUUUAAAAGUACAGAACCUGCGGUGGACAGCAGAUUUCUCUGGAAAUGUUACUCUGAUGUGGACAAAACCCAAAAAUAUGUCUGCUUGUACCUAUGUGGUUUAUUAUCGGCAAGUAGGAGAAAAUGUCUGGAAGAGUAUUGACACAUAUAUCAGUAAGACCAGUAUCAGACUGAAUGUACUGAAGCCUGAUACCACUUAUCAAGUCAAGGUACAGGUUCAGUGUCCACAAAAACAGUACACCUCCAAUGAUAUAAUAACUCUUCGCACACCUGAAGGAUUGCCAAGCCCACCAUAUAAUCUCCAGGUAAAAACACAUGAGAAUGAGGACAGCACCCUUGUAUGUAGCUGGCUGCCCCCUGCAAAUCCCCAUGGGCUGAUCCGUGAGUAUAUUAUUGAAUACACUGAGGAUGGAAGUAAAGGGUGGACAGCCAAAAGAAGUACAGCUCCUAAUCAUACUGAAAUAAAUAAUUUACAAGUUGGCUUAUUGUAUAAUGUUAGAGUGGCAGCUGUUACCAGUCGUGGUGUUGGAAACUGGAGUGAAGUAAAAUCAAUCAUUAUGAAAAAGGAUGCUGCUCUUCAUGCACCCACAGUAUUGAUCACAAAUGUCACCAACACCUCUUUAAGCUUAAGACUGGAUUGCAAAGAUCAGGUAACAUACUAUGUGGUUGAUGUCUCUUGGAUCUUCAACAAAUGGGUUAGAGAAAACAGGACAGAGAGUGUGGCGACUGCAUCCUACAGAGUGCCAAACCUUACUCCUGGAAUGUCCUAUGAGAUUGCUGUGUGGGCACACACCAACAGAGGAGACACACCCAUCACGUUCUCCCAGGCAGUAACAACUGGAAGACUCCCUAGCAUUCCACAGCUCAAAGCUAAAGCUGUCAACCAAACCGCAGUUGACUGCACCUGGAAUGGAGAGCAAGGAGUGGUCUAUGGUGUUUUUUUUGCAACAUCUUUCUUUGAGUUGCAUAGAAAUCCACAAAAUGUCUCAACAACAGGCAACAACAUCACAGUGAUCGUGGAAAGUGAUGAACAGUUUCUGUUUCUUGUGCGUGCAGUAUCUCCAUACCUGGGUCCUCCUUCUGAUUAUAUGGCAGUGAAAAUGAUUCCUGACAAUAGACUGCCCCCACGAAACCUUCACAAGGUGCAGGUUUACAAAACACAGGCCAUGCUCAAAUGGCAGCCUCCAUAUGAUUAUCCAAAUGAAAAUCUGAAAUAUUUAAUCCAAGUGAAGGACACUAUCAGAAAGACAAGUGCCAACUACAAAGUUACUUCAAAGAGUAACACAGUGGAAUACCUCCUGAAAUCACUUGAACCUGGUGGCCGCUACAGCAUCAUAGUACGUUUAGCAAACAUGAGUAAAGAAGCAAGCCUCAUCAUAAACACAGCACCUCUGGCAGCCCCAGAAGCCCUAAAGAUUAUAACUGAGAGUGAUCAUAUCUUUCUCGUUUGGAAAAGUUUAGCCAUCAAGGAACAAUAUUUUAAUGAAAGCAGGGGCUAUGAAAUACACAUGUAUGACAGUGCUACAAAUCUAACAGUCUUUCUUGGAAACACUACUGAAAAUAUGUUUCGGAUUAAAAAUUUGGCUGUGGGCCAUAACUACACAUUUUCAGUACGAGCAAGUUGCCUGUACAAUAAUCAGCUCUGCGGGGAGUCAGCAGUCAUCCUCUAUGAUGUUUUAGGAAGAGGAUCUUCACCCUUUCCAUCCCAAAAUACUGCUAAAUCCACUGAUGUGGCAGCAAUAGUGGUGCCAGUUCUGUUUCUGCUUCUUGUAGCAGUUGGAAUUGGAUUUGUUGUUCUCUAUGUUCGUCAUAGACGUCUCCAAAACAGCUUUACUGCAUUUGCCAAUAGUCACUAUAAUUCCAGGCUUGGUUCUGCCAUUUUCUCUUCAGGUGAUGAACUGGUUGACGAUGAAGAAGAUGCUCCAUUGAUCAGUGGUUUUUCAGAUGAUGUUCCUAUGGUGAUUGCUUGAAUGCUCUUGCUAUUUUUAUCACAGAUUUUUAGGACUGAUUACUUUUCUGUGACUGUGCCAAUGUUAAUAAUGUAAUUUUGUGUAGCACUGUAAACCAAACCCCUCAAAAAACAAAAUGUUUUAAAAUCCUAAAGGUGCCUCUUUGUGAUGCAGGAAUGCAUAACAGGCUGUUUCUGGGUCCAGAAGUGUGACAUAAAAAAGAGGGGCAGAAAAAAUACAAAGAAAAAUAAUAUUUUUAAAAUAUGAUGCACUUUUCCAAUGUGCAAUAACUUAUUUUUUAUAUUGGUGGAAUUAAAGAUCUUUAUUAAAUAAUACUGUGAAGUAAAUGGGGUGUGAAUAUAAUUAGAGGUUUAUUGUUAGUCUAGAUAUUUAAAGCCAUUUACAUGAUACUUGAGCAUGACAGCAUACAGGCUGCAGACAGACAAACAUUCUUUUCUUGGUUUUCGUAGUUUAGUUUCGUUUGGCAAGAACUCAAAAAAAAAAAAAAAAAAAAAUCCAAAAUUUUUCAGGAAAAAUACCAUCUUGACAAUGUAUAGACCUAUUAAGUUCCAUACUAAUGGAACCUACCACUGUACAUUUUAUCAUUAGUGUGACAUGAACAAAUUGAUGUAAGGAAUGUUUGAAACAGUCUGCCCUUUUUUUUUUUUGCCACGUUAUCGGUAUUUUAAGUGCAAGUUUAAAAUUACCAUAUAUACAGUGGCAGAAUGAACAGUUGCAAAUGCUUGAUGUUUUAAAACCAGGUUAUUAAAAUGAAUUUUAUAUAUACUGAUCCUUAUUUUGUUAUUUACAACAUAAUUUAUAUCAUCAUUAGUCAUGUUUUAUUAUUGCUGUACACUGUAUUUUUGUAUCUUUUACCCAUUUCUCUUAAAAUGUAUUGCCGUUUUGUUCUUUGGUUUAGAACUUCUUAGCAGUACACAUUAAGCAAAGCAUUUUCACACUAUUCAAUGUUUACAUCUGUUUUUACAGUUUUCAAAUAUACAAAGUCCAUUUUUAAUAAGGGAAGCAAUGUUACAAUUGCAUAGUAUAACCCACUUUAAUUCAUGCAUCUCACUGAUAGAUUGAGGAGCACUUGUUGUCAUCCCUUGUGUCUGUUUGCUGUAUGAGUAUUCAGAUGUUACAUAUUUAACAUAAAUGUAAAAUCAGAAUUGUUGGGUGUUUUGGUAUAAGACACUUGCAGGACUCCAUCUUCAUUUAUUAUGUAGUUUUAUUGGCGUCCACUUUGUGAAUGAGGAGUUUUUCCCUUUGUUUGGUCUUUACAUUUGUGUAUGUAACUUUAUCUUUUGUGUAACUGAGAUUACCAGUCUGAGAAAAAUAUUAGGAGCAAUAGGCUUUUCAGUACAAUUUAAGUAGAAUGUGUAUUUACAUAUCUACUGUUUGCCUCUUUUAAAUAGCAUAUGAAGCCAUUGAGUUUGGGAAAUUCAAUAAACUGACUAGCUGUAUAUUCUUGCCCUCCCCCAGAUUUGUUUGUUUUUUUUUUUUUAAUGUGCAAUUUUCAGGUAAAGCUUUUGUCGUAUGGCUUGUAUUUUUCACAUUUUGGCCCAUUAGCAAAGUUCAGUUUUUGUCUCUUCAUUCACUUUAAAGAGUAUCCUUUUUGUUAUUUGUAGGAGAUUAUCAAAUUUUAGGCCUUAAACAAUUCCUGUGUGCUUUAAACCUGCUUGUUUUAGGUCUGCCAUAUUUGCCUUACAAGAAUGCACUUAAAUCUUUUUAAAUGGUUUGUUAAAAUUAUGAAGUGGUGAAAGUUUAAAAAAAGAAAAAAAAAGCUUGAUAGUUUAGGGAGGUACCACUGAUGGAAUAAUUCUGUUUUAACAAAUAUGUACUAUGGGACCAGUUGAUAAACAGCUGCUUUUUAAUGUGUGCCAAUGACAAUGAAGCGGCUUAUUUUUAAUUAAAUAUAUGGCAUGUUAGUUUCAAAUAGUAAUGGUAAUAGCAAUUUUCCCCUACUGCCUUGGGUUUCUGAUGUUAAUCUGCUGUGCAUAUUCCAGUGUACUUUUUUACAUAGUGCAUUUGAACAGGAACAGAGCUUUGCUAUAAUUUGAGCAAAGAAUUUUGGGAAAUGUUAUCAAAAUAGUGGAUGAGUACAGUGUCAUCUGUUGACUUGAUUUCUAAGCAUCACAGAAUAAAAAUUAUAAGCUGCAUUAUCUAAAUUAAGCUUGUUAUAAGUCUUGGUGCACUGUAGUAAUAUUUAGGUGAGUAGAACAGAAAUUUAUGAGUUUUACAAAGAUAAAAAGCUGGUGACUGUGUUUACUCUGUACUGGACUGUUUAAUUAUAAGAUGAACCACAUCUCUAUCACACAUCUGUUUUUGCAGGAUUUUUUUUUAAAUAGUCUGCUGUUUACAUACAGACAGCUAGCCUUUUUUUUUUUUUUUUAAAGCCAAACUUUUCUGACAUAGAAACCAUGCACUGGACAGGCUCUGCAAUAAUGUAAGCAGAAUGAUAUGAACAUGAUCUAAUUUGUACUGCCCAGUCUGAAACAUGCUGAUUGAAUCUGACCGUGACAUGUUUUAAACUUCUGCUAUCGGAAUGUGAUUAUUCUAAUACAGAGGGCAACAGUCAACAACAGCUGCAUAACACUUCUGAAAGGCUAUGUAUUUGAAAUACACAACAAAUACAUCAAUUCUAUAGUUCUAAUUCCAUAUCCUGCUGUAUCAGUUUUAUUUAAUGUUAAAAUUUAUUUCUAAAUAUUGUAUAUUGAAUAGAAUGCAAACACAAACAAGCAGUUCUUUUUAAAAGCUUCAUACUGCAUCAUGGAAAAAUCUUACUCUGCAGAGUGCCAUUUAAGCAGUUAUCAUUUUCUCACCAAUUUUAAAUCUCAAAUAAAGAAACUGCAUUACAGUAGUGUUUCUUUUACACUCUGGCAGGUUGGGUAGAGGCUUAAGUUGUGCAUUAAGGUCCUUUCUUGGUCAUAAGGCUGAUGCAUGCUAGUUGUUACUAGUCUCUGAAGCCUCUUCAUGCUGUUUGCAAGUGUGGUAUUUUGAAGUGUAAGUGUAAUUUGUGUCUUAAAUCUAUAUGUUGAUUGACCUUCAUUUAAUGGGUUGCUGCCUGAAAUGAUACUCGGUCAGUUCUAACAUUUUAGCAUUUCAUUUCAUUCCUUUGUAAAAUAUGCUGCUUUUGAUUUCCAUACUCACUAUAUUUUCACUGUCAUUAAUUUGUUCUUCCUUUUCAAGGGUUGUGGGUGUGGUUGAGAAAUGAUUUUAUCAUCAAGAUAUUUUUAAAGGUCAAUAGACUGCUCUGAAGGCAAAACCUAUGAUUUUACUAAUCUUGAUGCAAUAGGUAUAUCACAGCUUCACAUUUGCACUUAGGAGUGUUGCUGUUUCUUUCCAUAGAUAGAAAUUGUUGUCUUCAAAAUAUGUGCAUAGGUAUCACAAUGAUUCAGUUAGAAAAUGGUAUGAUAACAUUUAGUUGGGUGUUUUAUAUUUAAUGAAGUGUAAAGCUGUGCUUAUUCGUGAAUUCUGUCAAUGGGUAUAUUUUACUGCUCUUUCAGGAAGUAAUGUGAAUAACAGUUGCAUGUGUGUUUAUUUCUUUAUACGGGUUUAAAGUAUGUAAAAUAAAAAUGUGUUUGAAUUUUCCACUAAAUGGGUACACUGAACUUCUUACUACCAUGAACUGUAGAUGAAACUUGACAGCAUCACCAAAGUAAAUAUGUAUAAGUGGGGGCAGCACAUUUUAUGUUUUAACUAGUGAUGCUGAAGUACUUGAUAGUGGCUUUUGCUGUAGUCCGACAUUUCUGCUGGAUUUUAACAAGAUGCUGUAAGGAUCAGUCAUUUUAGAAAUGCAGCAUUAUUGCCAUACAAAAUUUAGAUAGUAGCCAUUUACUUAUUUAUUCGUUAUGCAUACAUAAUGUUCGAAUAUAUAAUGCAUAACAGUUAUUUGUCAGUUAUCUUUGAUCUUUAUUUUGUUAAAUUAAUAUCUGUAUUUUCAAACUUUUUAUGCCAAGAGUGCUUGAGCCAGUUACAAAUGUGCAAAUAUGUCAGUGGGUAUUUGAACAGGAUGCUGCAUCUCCUAAGAUAUCACACAUUUUGCUGUUUGCUACAGUUAUGGUUUUAAAAAGGUCACAUGGAGUUUUAACUGAGGACUUGUUUUAAAAUAUGUAAAUAUGUUUUUUUUUUUCUUGCUUUUGAUAUUCAAUUUCAAAUUUUUUAUGUUUAAUGAAAUUUGCACUACUAGAAUGAACCAGGUGUGGAGAAAUAGAAUUGUAAUUAUUUCUUAUAAUCACCUUGCUGCACAGAACAUUGAAGGAUUUCUCCUGCUACUGAAUGUAAUUAUUUUCUUUUUUUCACUGAAUAAAUUUCACUUGGUCUGGG